CUGAUUCUGAUUUUUGAUCGUGUACAAAAAAACAUGAACCCUUCUUUUGUUUUUAUAAGCCUAUCAAUAAUUUCAGUCUUUCAACUUGUAAGCUUCUUCUCUUCUUCCUGAACUCUUUUUCCCCCAACCCCGAUUCUCUUUUCUUGCAACCUAAGGUAGCUUCUCUAGGUUUACUCUUGAUCUUCCCCUGAAAUGCAUCUCAAUUUUUUCACCUUUUUUGUUCUCUUCUUCUUCUUCUUCUUUUGCUUCAGCAAUAACCAGUCAUGGGGCUUGAUGAGUUCUAACCAACAACCUCAGUUCUUCAAACUCAUGAAAAACUCUCUCUUCGGCGACGCUUUGUCCUCUUGGAAUGUUUCUGACGACGUUGGUACUAACUAUUGUGACUUCAUCGGAGUAAGAUGCGACGGUCAAGGACUAGUAACUGAUAUUGACCUUUCCGGUUGGUCGCUCUCCGGGGUUUUCCCAGAUGGGAUUUGCUCUUACUUCCCAAACCUUCGUGUUCUACGUCUCUCUCGCAACCAUCUCAACAGCAGCAGUAGCUUCCUUAGCACCAUCCCUAGCUGUUCUCUGCUUCGAGAGCUAAACAUGAGCUCUCUUUAUCUCAAAGGAACUCUCCCUGACUUCUCAUCAAUGAAAGCUUUAAGAGUCAUCGACAUGUCUUGGAACCACUUCACUGGUAGCUUCCCUUUCUCGAUUUUCAAUCUCACUGAUUUAGAGUAUCUCAACUUCAAUGAGAAUCCAGAGCUCGACCUCUGGACUUUACCGGAUUCUGUCUCUAAGCUCACGAAGCUCACACACAUGCUCCUGAUGACGUGUAUGCUCCAUGGUAACAUCCCAAGAUCCAUUGGUAACUUGAGUUCUCUUGUUGAUCUUGAACUUAGCGGAAACUUUCUCUCCGGUGAGAUUCCAAAAGAAAUUGGGAACCUUUCCAACCUAAGGCAGCUUGAGCUUUACUACAACUAUCACUUAACCGGGAGUAUACCAGAGGAAAUCGGUAAACUCAAGAACCUUACGGAUAUUUUGUACUUUCUUGUCCUACAAAACCGUUUCUCUGGUUCAAUCCCUGAGACUUAUGGGAACUGCAAGACCCUCAUACGGUUCCGUGUUGCGAGCAACCGCCUCGUGGGAACCAUACCACAAGGAGUUAUGUCUCUGCCUCAUGUCUCCAUCAUCGACUUGGCUUACAACUCCUUGUUCGGUCCAAUACCUAAUGCUAUUGGAGGCGCUUGGAAUUUGUCAGAGCUGUUUAUGCAGGGUAACAUAAUCUCCGGUGUUAUGCCUCACGAGAUCUCUCAUGCCACCAAUCUUGUGAAGCUUGAUCUUAGUAACAAUCAGUUGUCUGGUCCAAUACCUUCAGAAAUCGGAAGACUGAGGAAACUGAACUUACUUGUGCUGCAAGGCAACCAUCUUGACUCUUCCAUACCUGAAUCGCUUUCUAAUCUCAGAUCUCUCAACGUUCUUGAUCUGUCCAGUAAUCUCCUAACCGGAAGAAUCCCUGAAGACCUCUCCGAGUUGCUCCCAACCUCGAUAAAUUUCUCCAACAACCGGCUCUCUGGUCCCAUCCCUGUCUCAUUAAUAAGAGGAGGUCUUGUAGAAAGCUUUUCGGAUAACCCUAAUCUCUGUGUUCCUCCAACUGCUGGUUCAUCGGAUUUGAAGUUUCCAAUGUGUCAAGAGCCUCGCGGCAAGAAGAAGCUGAGCUCCAUCUGGGCAAUCCUUGUCUCAGUCUUCAUCCUAGUCCUAGGGGGCAUCAUGUUCUACUUGAGACAACGGAUGAGUAAAAACAGAGCAGUUAUAGAGCAAGACGAGACCUUAGCAUCUUCUUACUUCUCUUACGACGUCAAGAGUUUCCACCGCAUAAGUUUCGACCAAAGGGAGAUUCUCGAAUCUCUUGUCGACAAGAACAUUGUAGGUCAUGGUGGUUCGGGUACGGUCUACAGAGUAGAGCUUAAAUCGGGAGAAGUAGUUGCGGUGAAGAAACUAUGGAGCCAAAGCAGCAAAGACUCAGCUUCCGAAGACAAAAUGCAUUUGAACAAGGAGUUGAAAACCGAAGUUGAGACCCUCGGGAGCAUUCGCCAUAAGAACAUCGUGAAACUCUUCAGCUAUUUCUCAAGUUUGGAUUGUAGUCUUUUGGUGUACGAGUACAUGCCUAAUGGUAACUUAUGGGAUGCUCUUCACAAAGGCUUUGUUCACCUCGAGUGGCGUACUCGUCAUCAAAUCGCGGUCGGAGUAGCUCAAGGAUUGGCUUACCUUCACCAUGAUCUCUCACCGCCAAUCAUUCAUCGUGACAUCAAAUCCACAAACAUCUUGUUGGAUGUAAACUAUCAGCCUAAAGUUGCUGAUUUUGGCAUUGCAAAGGUGUUACAGGCUAGAGGAAAAGAUUCAACCACAACCGUUAUGGCUGGCACCUAUGGUUACUUGGCCCCAGAAUAUGCGUACUCAUCCAAAGCAACGAUCAAAUGCGACGUAUACAGUUUCGGGGUUGUGUUAAUGGAGCUCAUCACAGGGAAAAAACCGGUGGAUUCAUGUUUCGGGGAGAACAAAAACAUAGUGAACUGGGUGUCAACAAAGAUUGACACAAAAGAAGGAUUGAUUGAGACACUAGACAAAAGAUUAGCUGAAUCAUCGAGAGCCGAUAUGAUCAACGCCUUGCGUGUGGCUAUCCGUUGUACCAGCAGAACUCCAACAAUCCGUCCUACCAUGAACGAAGUCGUCCAGCUUCUCAUCGACGCAGCGCCUCAAGGAGGACCUGACAUGACCUCUAAAUCCACAACAAAGAUUAAAGAUUUAGUACUAUCAUCAGAUCAUCUCACACAAACAAGACUCUAGUCUCAUGCUUUCUUGAUGGAGAGGUGUAGCAACAGUUCGUAUAACUUCUAAGAUAUCCUGUAUUUAAAUAUAUAUCAUAGAAGAAACUGCUUAUAUAGUCUUUUAAUACUUCUACAUGUAUUUUAACAUCUAUCCGUUUAAAGACGUUAAUUAUUUCCGGUUUUGCUUCUCUGAUUUGUGAUCAGCAUGUAAGCAAGAAUACUAUAUAUGGAUCGAUGAUCAUCAUUCAGACUA